CCGCGCUGCUCCGGUGCGGCUGCGCUGAGGGCGCGCGGGUUACGCGAACGCCCUAGAGCCCCUCUGAAAAUCCGUGGGGCGCCGGGGUUGACCCCCAUUGUGCGAGCUGCUCCUCCCGUUGGUGGGCAGCGCGCGGGAUGCGCUCUGCCGGGCUCCGGAAGCGGGGCUCGGCGUAGACACUCCCCGAGGUCUGGGGAGCUCUGGCGCCCCGAAGCUUGUUUUCCCUCUUGGUAGUUACGCUUCUUUUGUCCUGAUGAGCGCGGACUAGAUGGAUUCAUUGUAAAUUAAAGUCACUGUUCGGCCCUUUUCUGUUCUGCACUGAUUCUGCACUGACCUACGGGGAUUUCGAAUCUGACAAUCUCAGGCCCUAGUCCAGAGAUGAUGUAUCUGUGCGAAUGUUUAAGGCAGGAAGAAGAUGGGCAUUUUUAAGUAACUCCUCCUCACUUGCAUUCUCUUCAGCCCUCUUCAUUUAGGAGGAAAAAAUGUUUAUUUCUCUGUGGGAGUUCUUCUAUGGGCACUUCUUUCGAUUUUGGAUGAAAUGGCUCUUACGACAGAUGACUGGAAAGUGUGAAUUGCAGCGAAUUUUUGAUACUUAUGUAGGUGCACAAAGGACACACAGGAUAGAAAGUUCAUUGACAUACUCCAAGAAUAAGGUUUUACGGAAAGCAACACUUGUUCAGAGCGAAGUGGAUAAAUGUGUAGAAGACAUAAUGAAGGAAAAGAAUAUUAGCCCUGAGAAGGAUGUCAGUUUUAAAAUCUGCAUGAAGGCAUGCUUACUGCAGAUAACUGGUUAUAAACAGCUCUAUUUGGAUGUAGAAAAUGUGAGAAAAAAGCCAUAUGAUUCUGAUAACCUACAACAUGAAAAGCUGCUUCUCAAGCUUUGGAGUCUUCUAAUGCCCACGAAAAAGUUGAAGGCUAGAAUCUCCAAGCAGUGGGCUGACAUUGGUUUCCAGGGUGAUGAUCCCAAAACAGAUUUCAGAGGCAUGGGCAUACUUGGAUUAAUCAAUCUCGUGUAUUUCAGUGAAAAUUAUACCAAUGAAGCUCAUCAGAUUCUUUCCCGCUCAAAUCAUCCAAAAUUAGGGUAUUCUUAUGCAAUAGUUGGAAUCAAUCUUACAGAGAUGGCUUAUAGCUUGUUGAAGAGUGAAGCUUUGAAGUUUCAUCUCUACAACUUUGUUCCUGGGAUACCAAAAAUGGAACACUUUCAUCAGUUUUAUUUGUCUUUAGAAUAUCAUCUGCAUGUUGGAGCUUAUAGGAAACUACUUAGAUACUAAGAGGCCUGAUCAUAACUUCUUCAACUCCAUCUUUGAAGGAUUUUGGUAUCAUCUCCUGAAGUUUCCUGAUGUCUCAUUACAUCAGCUUAGUCAUUAC